CGCCCGGCUCAGGCAGUGUGAAGCGCGCAUCUGCGGAGGGAGGCCGGUGAUGGAGGUGCUAAGGAAUAUUACUUACCAGUCAGCGAACAGUGGAAAGAUGUGCGAGCAACCCCUCAACAAGUCGUGCGAGUUUAAACGGAAGAAGACGGAGGACGCGACUCCAUCGCAGGCAGAGCUGUCGCGGAUCAUCACGGACGGUGUGACGGGCAGACGCUACUCCCGCGGGAAAGUGCUGGGCAAGGGGGGGUUUGCCAAAUGCUACGAGCUGGUCGACCUGCAGAACAACAAGGUGUACGCGGCCAAGAUCAUCCCGCACGCGCGCGUCUCCAAGCCGCACCAGCGCGAGAAGAUUGACCGGGAGAUCGACCUCCACAGAGCCCUGCACCAUAAGCACAUUGUCCACUUCUACCACCACUUUGAAGACAAGGAUAACAUCUAUAUCUUACUGGAGUACUGUAGUAGAAGGUCCUUGGCUCACAUUCUGAAGGCACGCAAAGUACUGACCGAGCCGGAGGUGAGGUACUUCCUGAGACAGAUCGUGUCAGGAAUUAGGUACCUGCACCAGCAAGAGAUCCUGCACAGAGACCUAAAGCUUGGUAAUUUUUUUGUGAAUGAGUCGAUGGAGCUGAAGGUGGGGGACUUUGGGCUGGCAACAAAGCUUGAACCGCUGGGGGACAGGCGCAAGACGAUCUGUGGAACGCCAAACUACCUCUCUCCGGAAGUGUUGAACAAGCAGGGACACGGGUGCGAGUCUGAUGUCUGGGCACUUGGUUGCGUCAUGUACACAAUGCUCUUGGGCAGACCUCCAUUUGAGACAACUAACCUGAAAGAAACGUACAAGUGUAUCCGGGAGGCUAGGUACUCCAUGCCCUCCUCACUGUCUCUACCAGCCAAGCAGUUGAUCGCCAGCAUGCUCUCCAAGAAUCCUGAGAACAGGCCUACCCUUGAUGACAUCCUGCAGCAUGACUUCAUUCAGGGCUUCACACCUGAGCGUCUGCCAUCCAGUUGCUGUUACACAAUCCCAGACUUCCACCUCUCCAGUCCUGCCAAAAACUUCUUUAAAAGGGCAGCUGCUGCUCUGUUUGGAGGAAAGAAGGAGAAGGCAAAGUACUAUGACAGUCUAAGUAAGUUGACCAAAGAGGAAGAAGAAAUCUACAAGAUCCGUCAUGACUUGAAGAGAACCGCAAUCAGCCAAAAGUGGUCAGAGGAAGUGAAGUCAGCUGUUCCUGCCACUGGAAAGCCGGGUUCUGUAGCAGCGGAAGGUGCACCACAAAUCCGCGACACCAUCCGUAUGAUUGUGAGGGGCAGUCUUGGCAGCUGCAGCAGCAGUAGUGAAUGUCUAGAAGAUGGCACUAUGGGUAGUGUGGCAGAUGCUGUGGCCAGUGUACUAAGGGGUUGCCUUGAGAAAAUGCCAGAAGCUGGUGAAAUGCCAAAAGAGACUUUCACUGGUGGUUUCCAGUGGGUAACCAAGUGGGUGGAUUACUCAAACAAGUAUGGGUUUGGCUACCAGAUGUCCAACAACAUCGUAGGUGUACUCUUCAACAACGGCACACACAUGAGCCUGCUGUCAGACAAGACCAUACACUACUAUGCUGAGCUGGGCCAGUGCACUGUCUUAUCCAGUACUGAUGCUCCAGAGAAACUUGCCAGUCAGGUUACAAUCCUGAAGUAUUUUGCUCAUUACAUGGAGGAAAACCUGAUGGAUGGUGGAGAUUUGACAAAUGCCAUUGACAACUGCCUCCCCAACCUAUACCUGCUGCAGUGGCUGAAGUCAGAUAGGGCUCUGAUGAUGCUCUUCAACAAUGGUACAUUCCAGGUGAACUUCUACCAUGACCACACCAAGAUCAUCCUGUGCCAGCAGCAAGGAGAUUAUCUGCUGACGUACAUCAAUGAAGAACGUGUUUCCACAACAUUCCAGCUGAGCACUUUGCUGACUUAUGGGUGCUCUGCAGAGCUUCGUGAACGGUUGGACUAUGCAUUGAAUAUGCUCCUGCAGAGGUGUAACUGAAGUAUGCCACAUGGGAUGCACUGGAUGGAUGGACAACUUUAACUGCAGAAAGGGCUUGUGACAAAAGUGAUUGUGGACUUGGCCAUAUGUUUGCAAUAUGGACAAUGGAAAGUCGCAUGUUUGGUACUGAGGUACGAAAAAGUUCAAGAGCCAUCUUGAAGGAGGAAUAUGAGGAAGACCAACACUGGGCUGGUUCCAGACUGACUUUUUAAACUGGAUUUAAGUCUUACCAGGGAACUGGACUUGUGGGAAAACAGGCAAGACCACACAAACAUCCUGUAGAACAAAACAAAGCUGGUAUGGAAGUCUUGCUGGCAAGGAGGUUGACACAUGUUGCCUGGUGGUUGUCCAGGGCCUCUGAGUUGCAAAAGCAUUGUGGAGGAAAGACUGCUUAGAAAUUGGAAUAUCUUUGUGUUUAAC